AUGGCAACUGCACAGAGCUCUGAAAAUGACCAGACAACCGUUCCCACGCUACCCAAUGGUGCCAAUGGUGCCAAUGGAGACGCACACGACCACGACCACGAGCAUGAGCACAAUCAUGAGGACAACGCUCUGUUCCAGGUUAGCGUCAAGCUGCCGGACGGCAACGAUAUGAAGGUUAUGGUGUCGUCGCAAGAGCAGGUGCAGGACCUUCGUCAGUCGAUUGUCGAGACGCCCGAUACCUUCCAAUACACCUGUUUCCACCUCGAGCACGAUGGCGAACGAAUCAACGAUUUCGUCGAGCUUUCCGAGGUGAAAGAGCUCAAGGCCGAUUCCGAGUUGACGCUGGUCCAGGAUCCAUACAGCGAGAAAGAAGCACGCAUGCAUGUGGUGAGGAUCAGAGAAUUAAUCGGAGCAUCGGGAGACCGUGCGGAUCAGCUGCAGGGCAUCUGUGCCGGUCUUUCUCUCCACGAUGAGCGAUUCGGUCAGUCGCAGACCAACGCCAAAGAAGAGAGCGCUCUUACCGGCUAUGACCUAGACGGUCGAGCACCCCUGGAUGCCAUCCUACCCAGAACACAGGACUCGCUACCCAAGACCAUCAAGUCCUUGUCAGUAUCUCAGUGGAAUCCUCCACCGCAUCAUUUGCGACAGCGUGGCCAUCUUCUGUAUCUGCAGCUUACCACCAACGAGGGCGAUCAACACCACAUCACAGCCUCCACCUCGGGCUUCUUCGUCAGCAAGUCUUCAAGCAACAAAUUCGACCCUUUUCCACGUCCCGCGCCCAAGAAUCACUCGGCUCAUUCCCUCCUAACUCUGAUUUCAAUCUUGUCACCGUCCUUCGAUAGCACCUUCGUUGACCUGCAGAAGGCCAACGGGCAAAAGGAUCUAUUGACCACUUUCCCGUUCCAGAAUGCUAUUCCUGCUAACCCUUGGCUUGUCCCUACAUCGCACGCGCAAAAUUCUCAACAUCAGUCUGACCUCACUCGAUCGCAAGAGGCUUACCUACUGGGUGGCGUGGACGGAGCCGAAAAUCUCAGAGACUGGAAUGAAGAGUUUCAAACCACAAGAGAAUUGCCUCGAGAGACCCUACAAGAUCGCGUCUUCCGCGAGCGCCUGACUUCAAAACUCUUCGCCGACUACAAUGACGCCGCAGCAAAAGGUGCUGUAGCGGUGGCACGCGGAGAAGUCGCCCCACUGAAUCCAACGGAAGGCAAAGAUGCACAGAUUUUCAUCUACAACAACAUCUUCUUCUCGUACGGCUGCGAUGGAGUGCAGACCUUCGCAAGCGAGGGUGGUGAUGAAGCUGCCAGGAUAGCUGUGGGCAAGGAUGUUGCGGGUGUGAAGGCCGUGAACCAGCUGGACAUCAACGGUCUCUUCACGCCCGGCACGGUGGUGGUUGAUUACCUUGGUAAGCGAAUUGUUGCUCAAAGUAUUGUACCCGGCAUAUUUAAGCAGCGCGAGCCCGGAGAACACCAGAUCGACUAUGGAGGAGUCGAGGGUCGCGACACCGUCACCGAAAAUGAGGCAUUCGUCCCCGUUUUUGAGAAGCUAUCGAAGGCACUGCGCGUCAAGAAGCACGCAGUCUGGGACAAAGAUGGGAAGCGUCACGAUCUGGAGGGCAGUGUUGAGACCAAGGGCCUUCUUGGCACGGAUGGACGCAAAUAUGUCCUUGACUUGUACAGGAUAACUCCCCUUGAUGUGGCCUGGUCGGAAGCAGUCGAAGAAACAAGUUCAAAGUUCGGCAUGUACCCACAUCGGAUGUCAGUGCUAAGACUGGAGCUCGUGGAAGCCUACUGGCGCAUGAAAAUGCAAGAGUAUGUCAAGAGCGAGGUCGAUAAAAAGCGUGCGCAGAAUUCCCAAGCGGACUCUACCACAGAGACGAAGACCGAAAACAAAGAGUCUAGCGCCGAGGAGGGCGACGAGAAGGAGGCGGCCAGGGAGAGUGCAUCACCCGAACAGGACCGCAUCGACAUUUCAAAUUUCAGCUUCGCUCUGAAUCCGGAUGUUUGCAGUGGGCAAGUACCACAGACGGAAGAAGAGAAGAAAGAAUAUGCGGAAGACGAAAAGGAGGUGCGGGCACUUUGCACCCACCUCAAGCAGAAUGUUAUUCCAGGACUCAUCACCGAGCUUCAUGACAGCGAUGUCGGAUUUCCUAUGGAUGGACAAUCUUUGUGCCAGCUUGUGCACAAACGUGGCAUCAAUAUCCGCUAUCUCGGCCAGCUUGCUACGCUGGCCCAGGAGAAGGGAAGACGCCUAGAAGCAUUUUACGUUGUUGCCAUGCAGGAGAUGGUUGUCAGGGCCUUCAAGCAUAUCGUCAACGGGCUCCUGAACCACUUGCCUGCUCUAUUUGCGCCCUCUUGCAUUGCACAUCUGUUGAACUGUUUUGUCGGUGCGGACCUCAACUCAAAUCCCCAACCGGAGAUUGAUGUGGAAAUGCGAGCAUUCUACCCAGAUGGCGACUACUCAUUCCUAGAUAUGACUCCUUCAAAGUUGCGGCAGCAGGUUCUUGAGCAAGUUAAGACAAGAUAUCGAUAUGAACUCCCGUCAGACUGGACUUCUGCCAUCAAGCCCUUGCAAGCUCUCCGAGAGGCCUGUUUGCGCUUGGGUCUACAACUUAUUGCAAAGGAAUACGACUUUGGACGAGGCGAGCGGCCGGCCUUGAACAAUGCCCAUGCUAUAAACCACAGCGACUCUGCAGCGGCCAAUGGCGUUAAUGGAGCACAUCACGACGAUACCACGAUCAAGAAGAAGAAAAAGAAGGCUGGCGAACAGACACAGUCGAAUGGUGGUGCACAGAAUUCCGCGACUACCUUCGUCCCUGAUGAUGUUCUGAACAUUGCGCCAACGGUCAAAGAUGCGUCUCCCCGCAGCGCUCUCGCAGAAGAGGCGCUUGAGGCCGGCAAGAUUUCACUUGCUCAAGGCCAGAAGCAACUUGGUCAGGAGCUAGUCCUCGAAUCGCUGUCUUUGCACGAACAAAUAUACGGCAUCCUGCACCCAGAAGUGGCCAAGAUGUACCACUCACUGUCGACCAUCUAUUAUCAGACGGACGAGAAGGAAGCUGCAGUUGAGCUCGCUCGCAAAGCCGUGAUCGUGACAGAGCGGACACUAGGCGUUGACUCGCACGAUGCCAUUUUGGCGUAUCUCAAUCUGUCACUAUUCGAGCACCAUGUGGGUAACACCAAGCAAGCACUGAGAUAUGUCCGACAUGCGUUGGAUGUGUGGAAGAUCGUGUUUGGUGCCCACCAUCCAGAUUCGAUAACCACGAUCAAUAAUGCUGCAGUCAUGCUUCAAUCGAUGAAAGAGUAUCCUGAGUCACGAAAGUGGUUCGAGCAGUGCUACACAGUCUGCGAGGAGCUCUUCGGUCGGCAGUCGGCAAAUGCUGCUACCAUUCUCUUCCAACUUGCUCAAGCUUUGGCAUUGGACGGCGACCCGAAAGCGGCAGUCAGCAAAAUGCGCGACGCCUACAACAUCUUUUUGGCAGAACUUGGCCCAGAAGAUCGCAACACCAAAGAAGCUGAGAACUGGUUGGAACAGCUUACGCAGAAUGCCGUGGCCAUCGCUAAGCAAGCGAAGGACAUCCAGGCUCGCAGGCUGCGUGGCAUCCGGCAUCUACCUGGAAUGAGAGCGGGCACCAGAUUGCAGCCACAGAGUGCCAGCACUGCGACUCCGAGCGCCGGCACAACGGCUAACGGAGGCCAUGUUAGGUCCCCAACAGGCAGCGUCAAUCUGGACUCCCGCAGCAUCGAUGAGCUUUUGAAGUUUAUCGAAGGAGACAGUGCAGCUCCCCGAGGCAAGUCCAAGCAAAAAUCUGUUAACCCCAAGGCCCGGGGACGCAAAACGGCGACAGCUGCAGCGUAA